UGUUUCCGCUGCAAGCCGACCGAAGACCGAAGCUUUCAAGGAAAUUCAUUGUCCACCAUUCCACACUUGUCGAAUUGUGCAUCUAAAUUGUUUAUUUCUUGUGACUAGUAAAAUAGUACAACUUGUUAAUGCUAUUUACUGCUUUUUUCUAUCAUCUAUAAAACUAGAAACGGUGCAUACUUUCCACAAAAAACUUGUCUACAGCUUUUGCUAAUAAGGGUUUUUGAGAGUCCGUUCUUUUCUCUCCAGAAAACUUUGGUUUUAAACUAACAGGAGAAAGAAAUUGAAAUUAGCUGAUCUGAGGAACUUGCCAUGCUAUACGCAAUAAAACAAUUGACAGUAGGAGUUCUUAAAAAUCUAUUUCAAAAAAUAAUGUCGGACAAUGGCAAAAACGAAGAACAGGAGGAGGAGUUUUCCGUGGAGAAAAUCAUCGACAAGCGCAUCGUGAAAGGAAAAACCGAAUACUACCUGAAGUGGAAAGGCUACCCGGACGAGGAAAACACGUGGGAGCCGGUGGAAAACCUCGACUGCGACGAGCUGAUCGACGAGUUUGAACGCAAACGCGCCGAAAAGGAAGCGGCCAAGAAAAAGCCGGCGGCCGAGCCCACACCGCCCGCCAAGAAGAAGCCGGAAAAGGCGGCCAAACUGAACACCAGUGCCAAGGAGGAAACACCGAAAAUAAAGAAGCGGAAACCAGAGGAAGAAGAGGAGAAACCGCAGGAGGAACAGAAGAAGAAGAAGGCGGUGUCGACCCCGAAGGAGGUGAAGGUGAAGAAGGACGAGAUCAAAGGAUUCGACCGAGGUUUGGAUGCUGAGAAGAUCAUCGGUGCCACCGACUCGAGCGGCGAGCUCAUGUUCCUGAUGAAGUGGAAGGGCAUCGAUGAGGCGGACCUGGUGCCAGCCAAGGUGGCCAAUGUUCGCUGUCCCCAGAUUGUCAUCAAGUUCUACGAGGAGAGGCUCACGUGGCAUAUCCCCACCAAUGAUGAUAACGCUGAAUAAGGUCGGUAAACACUCUACAGAUCCGCUCCUGAAUAAGUACACUGGACAGACUUUACUUGAGACGCUACAGUUUUAAAUCAGUGACGAGGGAUUCUAUUUAGUUCUAUAUUUUUGUGAUAAUGUGGUUUUGUUUAAAUAAUCUCCAGCAUUCUAGUGUAAUAUUGUUGACGAUGUUUCUGGUAGAAUAAGCAUUGAAAAUACUAGUAUUUAUGUUCUCUUCUAGAACGUGGAUUAGCUCGAAAUCAAAGGGACCUUUACAACGUAAGAGGCGAGAGGUUAAAAGUUCAAACAGAGAGCAACACUCCUGUAGCACUAGGACUACUAGUAGCCCUACCUGUGCUGACGUCAUCAGAAUGCACCAUGACUUUGUUUACGGAGGUAGUAAACCUUUAAAGUAGUUUGGCUUUGGUAGUGAACCGGUGAAGAAGCCCUACCCGUGCUGACGUCACCAGAAUGCACUAUGUCUUUGUUUACGGAGGUAGUGCCUGUAGGCGUUAUGUUGCUCCCGGUUUGGAUUUUCAGCCGUUCGUUUAUGCAUAAAUAUAGUGUGGAACCCCUCGAAUGUUUAUUCUAUAGAAAUGAUCAAGAUAUCGUGAAUCAAUGUUCAUUUGAAAAUUAUUAUGAAUACAGUCUACGGUUAUUUGAACAAAACUAAAACUUCUACAUACUAAUUCAGUUUGAUUUCUCAUUAUACUAUUGGAUGAUAUGUUUUAUGUGCUCUUCCUCCUUUGAAACGUAGACUUAACGUACAUUACCAAUCGUUGCCUAGGUUAGUGAUUUUAUUUUUGAAAUUGGUCAUUCCAAUCAGUUGAAUUAUUCAACUUGACCCUGUAGUUUUCUUAUUGUAAACUUCCAUAAACUGCAUGUACGUCAGUUGAACAAAGUUUUAUUGUUUCAAAAAUGUUCACGAUUUUAAAACCAAUAUUUCGGUUGAAUUGCUCAAAAUUUAAUUGAGUUGAAGAGUAAUGUUUCAAGGGAAAUAAUUUUUUUAGACAUUAAGAAAAAUCCUUGUAUUACUUCAAUAUUUGAAGUACAUUAUGUUAGUUAUUUAGGUCAGGGUGAUUGCCCAUUACAGUUUGUAUAAUAAAAUCAUUGGCUUA